GCGCUAGUGGCCUCCAUCUUUGUGCCGCCGGAGCCCCGCGCCGUGGGCGGUUGCAGCAGGAGGUGGGCUGCCGGUGGACCGCGCUGUUUUUCCCUCCUUGGCCUCGUCUCUCGCUGCCCGAAGCCGCGAUGCCUCAGUUCCAGACCUGGGAGGAGUUCAGCCGCGCGGCCGAGAAGCUCUACCUCGCCGAUCCCAUGAAGGUACGUGUGGUUCUCAAAUACAGGCAUGUUGAUGGGAAUCUGUGUAUCAAAGUAACAGACGAUUUAGUUUGUUUGGUGUACAGAACAGACCAAGCUCAAGAUGUAAAGAAGAUUGAGAAAUUCCACAGUCAACUAAUGCGACUUAUGGUGGCCAAGGAAUCCCGCAGUGUCUCCAUGGAAACAGAAUGAAUGGUUUGAAAUGCAGGCUGUUUGUAUGUUCUUGGGAAGUAAAUAGCUUUUGAAACUGAGAAAGUGUUGGGAAGAAAAUAUUUAUGUAACUGAGCUGUUGAGCUGAGAGACCAGCCUGUGUUCUAAGGUUUGCUGUAGACAGUGGGAAUGUCAGUGCUUUCAGUAGAAAACCUUUAUUUUUGGAAACUGAAUAAGAAAUACCUUAGAAACUUUUUGCAGAUCAUUUGAUGAUGGGCAAAUAUGUAAUUAUUUUUCUGAUAAAUUCAUAUCAGUAAUUUGUUGAUGAAUUAACAAGUAAAGUUUGUUCUUUCUAGAUUGUGUUUAAGAGGAAAUAAAAUGUAACCUUUUGUUGGUAUAUUUCUUUUGGAGCAUAACAUUUGUGCCGUUUAUAAUAAACUUGGCAGCUGAGAUCACUGCUCUGCAGUGUGCAUGAUCUGGUAUGAAUUGUGAGCCUGCUGUACCUUUCUUGCCAGGUUCAAACUGUGUUUGAAUAGAAAGGAUCUGUAGCAUCAGCUUGCUGAGCAAAGUCAGGCUGAGAGUCUGACUCUGGGUUAUUUGAGUGCACAGGCAGGAUGAUGGUGACAGUGACGGAAUGAGACCACCCUAUGCAGAAUAUUAUUCAUCGUGUAGUUUCUGCCUGUGCUUGCUCAGAAGGGUUAGGAUUAUUCAGACUGAACUAAAGAAUUAAGCAUAGCAUGCCUCUUAGAACUGUUAGGUUUCUAAUAAGCCAGAAGUCUACUGUUUCAUAUUUAGCCUGUAUUGGUAAUCUGAUUUUACCAUCUAAAUGUAAUGUCCCAUGUUGUCUGCUCAAGAGCAAAGUGAAGUACUGCACUAAAGUAUAUUUUGUAAAAAUUUGUCAUGUUAAUAACAUUUUAACUUGAAAUUUUUAUUUUAAGAAUUUUAGUCUGUUUUAGAAGUCAGUAAA